AUGCACCCCGAAAGCCCGAUUGGGUCGCUAAGUAGGUCCUCAACCGCCUGUGAGAUCGAGGACGGCAAAGAACCUAAAAAGUUAAUCCUCUGCUUCGAUGGCACCGGCAACAAGUUCAGUGGUUCGAACGCGGAUACAAACGUGGUCAAGAUCCUCAGCAAACUAGACCGCAAUGACCCUAACCAGUACCAUUACUACCAGACUGGUAUCGGCACAUAUGAUAUCAAUGAAACGACUGUGCACAAGAGUUGGUAUGGGGAGAUGUGCAGCUCCAUCUCGCAGACGAUAGACCAAGGUGUCGGCACGACCUUUGAUGCCCACGUCAUGGCUGGAUACCGGUUCUUGAUGCGAUACUACGACUCUGGCGACAAAAUCUACAUGUUUGGCUUCAGCCGAGGUGCCUUCACUGCCAAAUUUCUCGCCCGCAUGAUCCACACCGUCGGCCUCCUCUGCAAGGGCAACGAAGAAAUGGUCCCAUUCGCCUACCGCCUGUACCAGCGCUACCUCGCCGGCGAAAUCGACGACUAUGACUACGCCCACGCCAGGCGUCGCUGGAGGCCCUUCGACAAGGACAGGGGAUACGAGACCGAGGAUGACGAGCAGACUCCGCUCAGGGACGAGGAGGGAAAUAGUCGCGUGCAUCACGGAAAGCAGUACGAAGUGGCGAGGGAUGAGAUCACGGCGUUUAGUGAUACCUUUUGCCGUAAGGAGCAGGUGGUUUGUCGCAACGGGCGAAUAAAGGAGAGGAAUAUUAAGGUUUACUUUCUCGGUGUGUGGGACUGCGUCAACUCCAUCUCCGUCUUCGAGCCGAGGACGCCCAUCCCCGUUCCCAUCAAGGGAACGGCGCGCUACGUGAGGCAUGCCGUGGCUGUCGACGAGAGACGAGUCAAAUUCAAGCCCGCUCUUUUGGCGCAGGAUAUUCGUGCCCUAGCCCACGACGGCGAGAAGGAAGACAUAAAAGAAGUCUGGUUCCCCGGCUGUCAUGGAGAUGUUGGUGGUGGUUGGCCGGCUGUGGCUCCCGAUCCGGAUGAGGUAACAAAGACCCCGACGCUUUGGCAGCAGCUGAAGAAUUUUGGAAAGCGCGUGCAAAGUUUCUGGAGGACCAGCAAGGCAAAGGAACCCACCAAGGCCAAAGACAUCUUGACAGAUCCGUUCCAGAUGAGCGAUAUCCCGCUGUCGUGGAUGAUUCGCGAGGUUGAACUAGUAGGACGGAAGGAUCCGACGGCAGCGGUUAAGUGGCGGCCGAAUGUGGAAGGGUUCAAGAAACGUUUCAAAAAGAGGAAGUAUCAGGCUCUUGAUGGCGUGAUGCACGAUGCGUUAAAGUUUGGCCAAGGAACGGGCUUCUUCACAGUGCUACUAUGGAUAUUUAUGGAAUGGUUCCCCUUCAUAACGCGAUGGGAGCUCGAGGAUAACGAGUGGGUGAAUGUGAGGUUCCCUCUUAACGCUGGGUCCACACGAGACAUCCCGCCCGACGCCGUCCUACACGAGUCACUCCUUUAUCGGUUGCGAAAGGAAGCGAAUUACCUUCCACAAAACAACCACGGCGGACGACUCCCGCCGUGCCUCAAACAUAAUGGCAUCAUUCCAGAAGUAGAGCCCAUUAUCGAGAAUGAGUGGGAAGCGGAUCCAGAUCAUCAGACAUACAGGUUCAAGAGGGACACAAUGGAAGAAGAGUACGAGGUCAACCUGGAGAAACCGGAGCAGCCACAUAAUCAAGGCGUAUGUGAGCAAAAACUAGGGGUAGAAGCUAAGCCGACAUAG